AAUUCUGUGGAGGUUCGCUCCGUAUUGAGUCACGAGCUCUGUUCAGAUUUCUUCGUGGGGAGGGAGAGUGAGAAUUUGAAGGACAGAGGAAGAAGUCAGUGUUGAUCCACAGAUUCGAUUUCAAACUUCUGAACAAGCGAUCGUCAAUUUGCCCGCAAUGAGGGGUAAUCAAAAGUAUCAGAAGGAUGAUGUUGCUCUGUCCUUUGAAACCGAAGCUGGUGCUCCACAUUACCGGAGUAGUCGGACUGCUGGAAUUCCUCAAAGAUCGAUGAUGGGGGGCCCCGGGGGGAGCAACAAUUUGCAAUUUAUGAAUUUCGAUCUAGGUUCAACUUCGAAUUCGGUUCCUCCUCCAAGAGUUUCAUACGGUGGUGGUGGAGCAGGUGGAUUCGGUGCAUUCGAAGAUGAGCCUCCUUUGCUUGAAGAACUCGGUAUCAAUGUUCCUCAAAUUAUACGCAAGACCCUCACUGUCUUGAAUCCCCUCCGAAUAAAUCCCGACCUUCACGAGGAUGCCGAUCUAUCAGGACCCUUCAUGUUCUGCAUGUUAUUUGGACUAUGUCAGCUACUUGCUGGAAAGUUUCACUUUGGUAUCAUAUUAGGGUGGACGUCAUUGGCGUCGUUGUUCUUGUAUGUGGUCUUCAAUCUUUUGGCGGGCAGGAACGGCAGCCUUGAACUUUAUCGAGCGUUUAGUUUGGUGGGAUAUUGUUUACUUCCGAUGGUCAUCUUCUCUGCCUUGUUCCUGUUCGUUCCCCACGGGCGCAUAAUUACCUUCAUCAUGUCCUCUUUAGCAGUUGUUUGGAGUACACGAGCUUGCACGAGUUUGUUGGUGGUACUUUUUCCUACAGCAGAUGAGCAUCGGUCUUUGGUAGCAUAUCCCUGUGGAUUGAUUUAUAUCGCUUUUUCUUUGCUCGUAGUUUUUUGAUUCUCUUCGUGGCCAGCAGCUGCAUCAUUCAUCCUGUCAUUACAAUUCAUGAAAAGCUUACAUCACAGAAGAUGUGAAUGAGAACUUUCCAGAAGAUUUAUCACACAACUAUGUUCAGUCCAUGUGUGAAGGAUUGAUUCGGAGGCAGCUGAUUUAAUAUCGUAUGGUUGGAACUACCGUGCACGGAUCGCUGACUAACGUAAAGUAGCUGUUACUUGGUAUUAGCUGUAUUUGGAUGGGACUCGUCAGUCUGAGUACCAGACAGCGUCCUGGAGGAUGAUACUGGAUGGAUUCUCGACUAUUCUGCGUCUAACCUGACUUAAUUCACUUCCUACCGUGCCAGAGAAUUAGGACAUUAGUGGUGUUUGACUGAAAAUAUCCAUGAAUCCACUGAAAAUUCCUUGAAUCACUGUGUGAGAACAUGAAAACCUCCUCUGAUAACCCAUAAAGACAGAUCAGUCUGAAUUCUUGGGUGAAAAAAGUGAACUUCAAUUCGAUCUCCUCAAGAUGGUAACGGCUGAUCCUCCGAUAAUUUGUAUCGACUUAUCGGAAUAGUGUUCGAAUAUUUGAUAUCUGAAACUGAACGAAACAUGCUCAUGCUCUUGCUCAGUGAUUUAUUCCAAUUAACACCUAAUAGUUUUAGUAGUAUAUGACGCCAACAAUUGCGGGUAGUGAAAGCAAAACUUGGCAGCUUGCUGGUCUGCCCUGAGGUCACAAGUAGUAUAGGUAUUACCAUAAGAAUGCUCCACGUAACUUUCCUGUUAUCUGUAAUAGCGCAAGGUAAACUAGUUUGAUAACGUCGAGAAGAGAAUGUAAGUAGAUAAAUGAGAAAUAUGACUCGCUCACACAAAUCAGAAUCUUAGUAGGAGGUUGGAAGACAAUGAUAUAAAACUGGAUGAUUUUACUGUCAUAUUCAGUGUUGUUAAGGCAACUAUUUCGUACAAGAGUUAUAUGGUCUGGGACACACCCAAGCUUUUGUGUGAUUGGAGUUGCGUCCCAAGCCCUGUAAGUUUUAU